GUAGUUGGUUUUGGCAAAACGAUAGACUGACAAAAUGAACAAAUUUCUAGUAAGCCUCGGUUUGGUUGUUCUUGCUGCAAGCUGUGUAGUUUGCGCACCAAAAGCCAACGAUGGUGGAAGACAUCGAGGAGUGAUCGAGGAAGCAGAUGUGCAGAUCGGUGAAAUCGUCAAACCAUACAUCGGCGAACGAAGACUGGUAUCAAAGGCACUGCAAAAAUUCCUUAAAGACUCCGAUUACCAAGUAAUAAAAGAUCUUUCCCGUGAUUUUAACAGACACAAGGACAAGUGCGAAGAUAUUGAAAAGAAAAUGAAUGACACCAUCGAAGACCUCAGCGACUGCCUCGAAGGCAUCUCCAUUGGAUCUAAUACCGUCUGCUUCACCGUCAGACAUGCAGUUGAAAAAUGCGCCAAGCCAGUCAUUGAAUUAGUUAGCGGAUGUUUGCCAGAAGAAUCAAAAGAACUUCCCGCCUUAGUUGAAAGAAUUAGUCUCGGUCUUCUCAAACAAGCUUGCAGUUCUACAGUAGAAGAAGUGUUGGAAUUGUUCAAUCCAUGCCAAUGGAAGAGUUUUAAUAAUCUUGAAAAAAUUGAUUCCUGCAAUAACCUCAUGACUGAAGUAGAAAGUUGGGAUCACAAGAAUCCACUUCCUACCACUGAAAACAUUUGCAAAGCUUUGCCCAAACUCAAGAAAUGUUCCUCCGAUUUCCACGGACAGUACUGCAAGAACCCCGUGACCCUGAGCUCCUUCGCCAAAUUCCACAAGUCCAUCGAAGACCAGACUGAAAAAAUUUGUCACAACCCCGUCAAAAACGAAGUCGCUUAAUUUAUGAAUAUUAGUUUUUGUUAAAUAUAUUUUAUACUGUUAUUUUU